AGGAAUUACAAAGACGCAUAAUUUUCUGAGCUACACUACUCUAGUGUUUGUGGCCAUGGCUUGUGCGGCUUGGCUCCAGCCAAUUUCCUCACCCCACUCUAUCUUUCCAUCUCUCUGCCGCCGCCCAAUUUUUCCCGCCAUCUUCCACCGCUUCACCACCUUCUCCUCCGCCGGCCAUCCACUAUCCGCCGCCAACCGCCUCACUCCGGUCCACGCGCAGGCCAAACGAGGCCCCUCACUCAAAGAAGACGAAGUAGCUUCUGCUGCGGAUGUUGAAUUUGAGACGCCGCUGAAAAUUGUGGAGUAUCCGGACCCUAUACUGAGAGCAAAGAACAAGAGAAUUGAAUCGUUUGAUGAAAAUUUGAAGAAAUUAGUGGAGGAAAUGUUUGAUAUAAUGUACAAAACUGAUGGCAUUGGGCUCUCGGCGCCGCAAGUUGGAAUCAAUGUGCAGCUGAUGGUGUUCAAUCCGGUUGGGGAGCGCGGCGAAGGGGAGGAGAUUGUGCUUGUGAAUCCAAGAGUUAGCAGAUAUUCGCAGAAAACGAGGCUCUUUGAAGAGGGUUGCUUGUCCUUCCCGGGGAUUUAUGCUGAUGUUCAGAGACCAGAAACUGUGAAAAUAGACGCACGGGACAUCAGUGGUGCGAGGUUUACAGUCAACUUGUCAGGUCUUCCUGCACGGGUGUUCCAGCAUGAAUUUGACCAUUUGCAGGGUAUUCUUUUCUUUGAUAGAAUGACUGAAGGAGUUCUUGAAAGCAUCUCUGAACAGCUACAGGCAUUAGAGAAGAAGUAUGAAGAUAAAACAGGACUUCCAAGUCCUGAAAGGAUAGAAAGCCGUAAAAGGAUGAAGUUGAAGGCUGCUGCUGGUUUUGGGAAAUCAUAGUUAGGAUAGGAUUCCAGAGACGCAUCAAAUUUUUAUAUAAAAUGCUCACAUUGUAAUUUAUUAUCUUGUUUAUCUACAGUCUUUACACUUUA